AUGGGUUGUAUCGGCAGUCGUUCCUCCAAGGCAUUAGACCAGGACGUGAGGCCUUCGUCUUCCACAGCGCCUACCAAAGAGGGUCAUGCCGCUUGUUCGUCAUUCGAACUGGUCUCAGCUUCCACAGGCUUACCCUCGACACCCGGCUCAGAGUCUCCGUUUAAGUUACCUCCAAUAGGCAUCGUUUGGAGGUCAUCGGUUGCUCCCCGCUCCGUCUGUCGUUACCAUCGUAAUGAUGAGCAUCCCGAAGUCCGCGCUAGCAAGGCUCACAGCCGUCGUUCCACCACCUCCAAGGCUACGCGACAGAGACAUGGUAAGCGAUCAUCGUUGGACAAUCCUGGGUCGCGCUAUCAGCUGAAAUCCGAGCGAGUUGAGCGUCAACUGAGUUCCGCUCAGAUGAUGCCGAAACUACGAAGGGGUGGCGCUGGUGGACUUUUAUGA